AUGCCCAAGCUUCCUGCGGCUGUGCUUGUCGCGUUCUUCGUGAUAGCCGUCCACGCCUCUCCAAUUGAUUACAGGCGCAUUUUGGCGAGGCAGGACGAACUCGUACAUCAUUACCCUGUUGCUCGCCAGUACAUGCAAAGUAGUUAUGGGGGCUACGAUCCUACAGGUGGUGGUGGUGGCUAUGGCGGUGGUUAUGGUUCCUCAAGCAUGGGUGGUUACGGUGUUCCGGGCAAUGGUGGUUUUGAUCCAAAUACUGAUCCUAACGCCUCAACCGCUGUUCAAUCCUUAGUCGGUCCGAAAGCAGCGUUGAUUUCAGCAAGUACACAGACCGCAGUAGCUACUGUGGGUGCACUGGUUGCCACAGGUGCCCUUCCUGUUGUGAUAACAGGUACAAAAAAGGCGGUGAACAAGACCGUACAAACAGUUAACUCAACCUAUCAUCAUACGAAAGAGAAAAUGCACAACGUGACGACGCAUAUUCUUCAUCCUUUCCGUGACAACCAGGAAGAGAAGAAGAAGACGGAUAAGGACGAUCAUACUAAGGGAAAGAAGGAUGAAGUAUCCCGACGUGACCUGAUCGAUGUGAUGGCGAGAUCAUUCAAACACUCUCCCAGAACAUUCUAUCUUCAAAGCAGUUCGUCUGUUGACGUGGACGAACAGGAUAGCGAUUCUGGAAAAACUCGACCUCAUUACGAAAGGGGAGAUGUUUUUUCGAGUGACUCCAAAAUUGAUUCUGCUUCAUCUUCACAGAGACACCACUGGGAGAUCACAGACAGCGAUUGGGAAUUGGGUGUUUCGCACGAUGACUCUAGAUUUGACAUAGUUCCUCAGUUGCUGGAGUAG